AUGGCAGUCAAACGCAGAGCAUCAGAUGAUGCCGCAAGAGUCUCCCCCAAGAGGACACGCAUGAGCAGGUGUCGGCCCAUGACGUCGCCCAACCACGAUAUUUCGUCGUCCUCACCAGGCGUUACCGGUACGGACCAGAGACACGAGUGGGAUUCAGAAUCAGAGGAUUCUGCAGACUACAAGAUUAAUUACACCGACAAUGGCACGCGUCGAGCAGAUAGCGAGGCCCGCCGCCAGUGGAACUAUAUUUGCCCGGUGGAGAGCUGCGCACAACGUUUUAAUCGACCCUGCCGUCUUGAGGCUCACAUGCGAAGCCACAACAAGGAGCGGCCCUUUGCUUGCACUGCUGCAGGCUGCGACAAGACUUUCCCUCGAAAGGAUCAUCUUCAAAGGCACAUCAAAAACGCGCAUGGCGACCCCGUUAUCGAAAGAUCAUACACAUGCGAAUGGAAGGGUUGUGGGAAGAGUUUCACCUCGAAUGGCCGACUCCAGCGACACAAGGACGUCCAUGAGUCCAAGUUCUACUGCACCGAGUACCCGCCCUGCAACGAGCAUUUUCGGAAAGCCAAGGCAUUGACAGCACACGUCAAGAGCCAGCACUUGGAAAUCAAGCCCUACCCUUGUACAUUUGUCGACCCUGAGACGGGUGACAAGUGCAAAAGCGGGUUUCAAACCGAAGCAGCCUUGCGAAAACAUUUGAGCAGACUCCAUUCAGAAGGACAGGAGGGGUGUCAUGUCUGCUUGCUCUGCAUGCCAGCUGGCGUCGACUUCGAGACGCAGGACGAGCCAAGUGCGACUAGCACCAGCCAGAUGGGGCCUGUCUCUUUUGCCAGCAAUGAGGAGCUGGUAGCACAUACCGAGGAAUGCCAUCCACCAGUGUGCACAGAGUGCGGCCAGAAAUUCAAAAACGCCGGCACUCUCAAAUCUCACAUUGACACUGUACAUACCGAUCCUGCAGAGCAACCACAGUUCACUUGCCCGAGACCAGACUGUGACAGUGUCUUCAACCGCCGCCACAAUCUCACCGUGCACAUCCAAACCGUCCACGAACAGCAAUUCCGCUACUUCUGCAACCCCGACGCCCUCCAGCAGUCCAAGCACGCGGACCUGCAGGCCUGGGACGGCGCAAACGCAUGCGGGGCCGCCUUCAAGGCCAAAUCCUCGCUCGACCAACACGUCCGCACCCACCACCUCGGUCUCGGGAACCGCAAGCAACUCCGCAAGGCCGCCAAAUCCAAGAAGAAGGCCGAGCCCUCCCUGCUCACCCUCCUCACCGGCGUCGGCUAUGACAAUGGAAGAGACGUCGCCUGCCUCGUUCCCUCGUGCGAAUUCCGCUUCUACAUGGAUCGCGAUCUGCGCCGCCACCUCCGCGCCGCUCACCACCUCCCCGACGACGAAAUCGAGGAGCUGAUUAUGCAGCGCAACGCCUUGACCGGCGGACCCUUUUGGAUCGGCGGCCUCGACGACGCUCAGCCCGGUCCUUUGGACUCUGCGGACCCCAGUAUGCCGCAGACGCCUACACCGUACUUUGUCCACGGCGCGCCCCUGUCCAUGCUGGAUCGGGAUCAGGAUCAAACUCAGACUCUGCCUUUUUGUGCUGUAUCCGCUGCUCCUACACCCCCGACAAAACAGCAAGACUCGCUCUCCCAGUAUUACAACACCCAGUUGCAUCCCCUGGCCAUGCUGGAUCCCGACGAGGACGCGGAUCUGGAUCUCGCCAUGGGUUUGACGGGUUUGGGGGCUCCGCUUGAGGCCCAGGAUGGGACGUUGUGGGAUGCGUUGGCGCCGGUGGAGCGGUUUAAUGGUGGUGGGGGGGAGUGA